AUGUGCUCUCACUUGGAAUCAAACGGACCGACAUCAAGCUCGCCUACCGCUUUGGCAGCCAUAAUAUAUAAUUUUCAAAAAACACUUACUUCUUUUGAAUGCGAUCUUUUGCGUAAUCCACCCUACAACCUCACCAUCUCAAUAGAGUCUCUUCUUAAUCCGAAGCGCAAGAGACGCAGAAGAAACAUUAGAAGAAACCCGUCACCGCCGCGCCCUCAGAAUUCAUGGUUAAUCUUUCGUCAAAACUUUGAGAGUCGUUUGCGUUUGCAAUACCCUGACAAUUCGUACAGUAUCCAAGAUGUCUCCAAGACUGCUGGAAAAGACUGGAGACGUCAACCACAAAUUGUUAAACAAUAUUUCGAUGUACUUGCUAAAUUAACUAGCCAACAACACAAACACACCUAUCCCGAUUACGCCUACAGACCACAAAAGAAGCCGCGCAAACCAGAGAACAGGUGGUUGUUCAAAGUGAUUAAUAAAGAGAAAUUUGUGAGAUGCGAAAACUGUGAAGAUAUUGCAAACGAACGAAACAUUGAAGCGGAAAAUGAUGGACUAGUGAGUGAAGACGCUCUGCACGAAGAAGAAUGUAGUACGACCUGCUGCGAUGACGAUGCAUGCGAGAUGAUCAAUUUGGAUGACUAUGAUUUCUCUGACGAUGUUCAUAUCGACGACAUUGAUGAUUUCCCGGCUUUCUGCUUUACUAUAUAG